GGUACGUACGGUACAGUACGGUGUUGGUCGCCGACGGCUCCCAAGUUUUCUUGUUCAUCAUCACAAGUUGUUCGAAGGAAAAGUCGACCAUUUCUCGUCAAAGAAAAUCCAUGGGUUACUUCACCCAGGAGAAUCAAGAGAGGUCGUUACCAAAAGMYAGGCCACAAGCGGAACGCGCAGACGAUUGAAAAACACGAAAUCGAAAUGUUUGCGGCGAAAGUAACCUUGCGGCAUUAUGCGUCGUUUCGUCAUCAGCUUCGACGGGGUGUCACAUCAUCGACGACGGGAAAGCUCUUCUUUAGGGAUGGAUCAAUUGUGUCGAAGAGUAUAUCCACUGUUAACGAUCGACCCAUGUCAUCAGUGCAGGUGAUGGAAGCAGAGGAAGAAAGUCGUUUUGCAUUAAUCCUUGGAAAACCGGGUGGAGGAAAGGGAACAAUAUCUGGAAAGAUCUUGAAGGUAUGUUCGAAGGUGCAACCAAACAACCGAACCAGGAAGAGAUCUGGUUUAUUUCGGUUUUCUAUUUCGUGAACUCCGUCGGAUCGCAACGUCCGGUCUUGUCGACAAAAUUCUUCAAACAAAACCUUGCAAUUGGAACACUUCUACAUUCCGAAUUCAUUUUGUUCUUACUCUGAAAUGAUCUUCCGUUGUUCAUAAUUCAUGCAUCCUACACAGGACUUUCCGAAAUUUCACCACAUUUCUACCGGCGACAUCCUCCGAAGCCAUGUUCGGGAGGAAACAACGCUUGGAUUAGAAGCUGCCAAAUUUAUGAAAGAAGGAAAACUCGUACCAGAUAAACUAAUGAUUAAUCUUGUUGUGGAAGAAUCCGCACCGUACCUUGAAAAGGGCGAGUCGCUUCUGCUCGAUGGGUUUCCGAGAACCGUUGGGCAAGCUGAAGCACUGGAGAGCAGCAUCCACGUUGAUAUGGUCGUGAACUUGGACGUUCCAAACGAAACAAUUGUCGAACGAUUAUCUGACAGGUAAGCGAUGCAUGACCACGAGUUUGAAUUGUGUAUUUAUAAAUCUGAUACCAAUUUAUUGCUCACUUUGAAAUUGCACGRAUUUCUUUUAGAUGGAUUCACGAACCCUCWGGUCGCAUAUAUUCCUACUCGUAUAAGCCUCCGAAGGUUCAAGGUAUCGACGACGAGACCGGAGAACCUUUGGUGCAACGCCACGAUGACAAGCCCGAAACCGUUCAAGCGCGUCUUGAACUGUAUGACCAAGCUACCUCUCCUUUGGUUGAGUACUACGAACGAAACGGAGUUCUGAAAACCUUCCGUGGAACUCAGAGUGAUGUGAUCUAUCCCGAGGUCAAAAAGUGGUUGCAUUCCUGUUUCGAAGAAUAAAAGAUGUGUUGUGCUACCGUAUAGUAGUGGGUUUGGGUUUAAUACUCCUUUUGUGUCAAGCGACAAUAAUAGAAGCAUAUUUUUCCA